AUUGACUCACUCACAGCUGGCAUUGAAUUUGUAGUAUUUUGGAAACACACAGCUCUAUCCUUCAUUGUUGUUUUUACUAUAAGAGGGAAUGCUGAUUUCUCAGUGCAAGAACUUAAGGUCCCUACAUUUGCUUUCUUACAGCGAAUUAUUCAUUGUGAGCACACUCGAUGGCAAAAUAUCGGCUCUGGAUCCCCAGGCUCAUGGAAACCUUGUGUGGUCGCACGAAACGGGCCCGGGAGGGCUUCUUUCUUCAAGUCUCAGUAAACUGGAAAUGCGUAACAGAGGUCAGCGGGUGCGUCUUGUGCCAUCGUUGGAUGGCUCCUUGUACAAAUUCGAUGGAGAGACAGUGGAACCACUACCUAUGUCUGCAGAUUUCCUGCUGAGGAGUUCAUAUCGUUUAGGUGAUGAUCUUGUCAUCACAGGUGGCAAAGAGGCUCGCACUUAUGGAAUUAAUAUUCACACUGGGCAGGUGCGGUACAUUUGCACAAUGAGCGGCUGUGACAACACAAAGGAAGACUUAAGCACUGAGGACGUCUUAGUUGUGAAGCGCAACACCCAGACUGUCAGGGCUAUUGAACCACGCUCUGGGCGAGAAAAGUGGAACUUUAGUGUUGGUGAGAACCAGCUAACUGUGUUGAACGGCUUGAUGGCCAGUUGCGCUGGCAGCAGCAGUCAGAGUAGUGACACCGACUCCUAUGUGGUGGAAGAGCCCUCAAAUUGCUCUAGUGAAGAAGGUUGCUCUAAGGAGAGCCUUAUUCAAGUGGUGGUGCCAGAAGGCCUGGUUGCCUCCACCAGUGCAAGUGAGGGAUCACUGGAAUGGUCUGUUAAGCUUCCGAGCCCAGUUGUCGGAGCAUGGCAUUUACGAAAUGGGGAGUUGGAGGUUGUUGACCUUUUUGAGCACAGUCGUAUCCUUGGUCUGGACGGCCCUAACCAAAGCAAGCAAAGCAACCCUGUACUAUAUCUUGGUAUGCAUGACAGGCAGCUUUAUGUCCAACAUAGUGGCAGCAUACAGUCCGAAGUUUCCGGAGCCCACUUGCAGUUGAUUGAUCCUCACAGGAGCAACUUGCCACAAGUGGAAUGGAAGCCCUAUCUUGCCUCAGCACCUAGCCGAACACCAAUCAUCAACACUGGCAAUAAAGCAGCUCCUUCAAUGCUGGAAGAAUCUAGUUCUUCCAGGAAGGCACUCAUGAUUAAAGAUGACAUUUUAGACUAUCCUUUUGACACUGGCUACUAUCUCUACAAGGGUGUUGAUUUAGAUAAUGAUUCAGUGCUAUUGUGUGAGAAAGAGGAAGUGGCUGAAACCUUCAAUGAACACAUUGUUAAGUCUUUGCGCUUUUGGUGGAAGGAAAUAUCAUUGAUUGUUCUAGCAACUUUCAUGAUCAACAUUUUCAUAACGAAGCAUGUGCUACGACAUUUCAAGCUCAAGCAUCUGCAGGAACUGUCAUCCAAGGAUAUAAAAAGUAGCUCAGGAUCAGAGUCUGCAAGUAUACCUGCGCCUGAGCAGCCUGUUGGUCAACCUUCUGUAGAAGUUGGCUCUGCUGUGGGAGACUUGCCCAAAUACACUUCCAGGUACCUUGCAGACUUUGAGCCCGUCCGCUGUCUUGGCAAAGGAGGUUUUGGGCUUGUUCUUGAAUCACGGAACAAACUGGAUGACUGCACAUAUGCUGUGAAGCGCAUCUGCCUCCCAAACAACCCCGAGGCUCGAGACAAGGUGAUGAGGGAGGCAAAGGCACUGGCCAAGUUGGAUCACUCAGGCAUUGUGCGAUACUACAAUGCUUGGCUGGAAAGCCCACCUCCAGGGUGGCAAGAACACCAAGAUGACGUGUGGCGUGGAAGCUUUGACACAUGCAUAUCCUUCUCAUACUCUGAUAAGACUACCACAUCGACUGCAAAAGACUCUUCCUGGGGAAAUGCCACACGCCCAUUCAACCCGUUGCGGCCUUUUGAGGACCAGUUUUCAUUUGGGGACUUCAAAAACAGUGCAGUGCUGUCUUCUAUGGACUCUUCGUCGAGUGGCAUCACUACUGAUCGCCACACAUCAAAUGACCGUUCUUUGCGCAUGCCUUUCUCUGCGUAUGCAACCACUGAUGAAGAUGACUCACUAAUCGAGUUUGAGCGCUCCUCCAACAAUGCCAAGGAGAAGUCCAUAUCAAAAUCUUCCUUAAAACCCAAGCAAAAUGGCGAGCGGCCAAAGAGUUUGUCACUACCUGAGUCACCACCUGUGAAAGUCUACUUAUACAUUCAGAUGCAGCUAUGCAAGAAAGAAAGCCUGAAAGAAUGGCUGCAUGCUCAUUCUACUGAUCGCAACUAUGAGUCUGUUCUCGACAUAUUCUACCAGAUUGUCAGUGCAGUUGAAUAUGUCCAUGAAAAUGGCUUGAUUCACCGAGAUCUGAAGCCCUCCAACAUCUUUUUUGCCAUGGAUGAUGCCAUCAAGGUGGGAGAUUUUGGCCUGGUGACCGCUUUGACAGGUGGCUCAGUGGUAGCUACCCCGCUGGAGGCACCUUCUGAAGAUCUCUUCUCCAGCAAGUCGGGACGUCUCACUGACCAAGUGGGCACCCAACUGUACAUGAGCCCAGAACAGAUUGAUGGCCUCAAGUACAACCAGUCGGUGGAUAUCUUUUCUUUGGGGCUUAUCUUCUUUGAGCUUCUGUGGCCUUUUUCAACUCAAAUGGAGAGAAUACAGGUCCUUAUGAAUGUCAAGAGGCUCAACUUUCCACCAAAGUUUGUGAAGACCUAUGCAGCAGAGUGCAAGCUCAUUGAGCGUCUCCUCAGCCAUGACAGUGAGAAGCGGCCAUCUGCUAAAGACAUUCGUCAGCACCCACUUUUCCGACCAUUCCAGCCAAGCGAUGAAAUCGCCAAUUUGGCAAGGCUCCGUCGCCGCAAUCUUUCUCAUAGGCAGUCAUCAUCUCUAUCCGAGUGAUGGCUCCUUCCUUUCUCGCCUCAUUCAAGCAUUCCUGAACACAUCCAUUUGAUACUUGCUGUCUAUUCAUCAAAAUAUUUGACUGUUGCUUUUUUUCCACGUUUGCAAGGAGCAGAAAUUUUCCAUGUGUCUCAAGGACAGCAACACUCGCAUCUUAGAUGUCUUGCCAUUCAUACAUUUUUACCAUUCGACUCUAGCACGAGACAGGUAAAUAAUCCUAUCUUGUGCAGAGCUUUCCUUUUUGUAGCAAUAGGAAUUGAUUGUCAGUGCAUCAUCAGACUGGACCAGAACUAAAAAGCAUCCGCAGCUGUUUGAUGUUGCACGACAAAGUUAUUGAAAUGCCAGGCCACUGUGAUAUGCCUGGGCAUUAUUUUUGGCCACAGCAAAUUUAUUGGUGUGUGGAAAUAUUUGUUAAGUCAAUGUCAUGAGGUUAGCCCAUCUUUAUGUAAAUACCAUGUUUACAUUCUUUUCUUUUUCUUCAUACAGCAAUGCUGGCUGUGCUUUGUUAAUUAUAUAUUUAUAGUUCUGUACAGUACUGUACAUAUGUAAAUAAAGGACGUAUUUGUAACACGUG